ACUUAAAGACCUGUUCGACUCGUGGGUAGGGUUGUUUUUGAAGGUUGUGUUCUGGUUUCGUAUUAAAAUGCCCCUCCAAGCCAGUUAUAAGCUCAGUCGGUCUUCUUCUGCCAAGAUGCUGAUGCUAAACUAUCUGAACUAUAUUUUGAACGCACUGAUCAUCGGUCUGUCGAUUUGUGAGUCACAAGAACGCGAGGAAGUUGCAGUUGAGAGUCUGGAUUGCCGGGAAAAUACUUGCACAAAGUUGGACUAUCCUAAUAUCUCAGAGGUUGCCUACUUCACAGAAGAGGUGACUAAAAGUCUAAGGAACUACGAAUCUCUCAUUCUUCACAGUUCGAAUGUGUUUAAUUUGCCUAAAAGAAUCUUUGUGCAUCUUCAUCAACUUGUGGAAUUAGAUGUUUUGGAGUGUGAGCUUCAUCAAAUCGAAAGAGAGUGCUUUGAGGGGGCCGAAAACUUGAAAAGACUUAAUUUCGGAGGAAAUAGCCUACGAAUUUUGGAUAGCAGCACCUUCGAAUUGGCCACACAAUUGGAGGAGCUUAAUUUGUCCGAUAAUCAACUGGAGGAUCUUCCUAGCACAAUAUUCCUGCCCCUUAAGAAGCUGCAGAAAAUUAACUUAUCCAACAAUCAGUUAAAGAUUAUUUCUCAGUACACCUUCUCACAAUUGGGAUCUCUAAAAUCCAUAAAUCUGGAUAGCAAUCAACUAAGGGAACUGCCUGGAGAUCUUUUCAGAGAUCAGCAGAAGCAUUUGACAACAUUCUCAGCCAGAAGUAAUGAACUAGAGCGGAUUUCUUCCAACAUAUUUUCAGAAAUAGAGCAACUGUUACUAUCGUUUAAUCCUCAACUUAAAAAUCUCCACUUAACAGCCAGUAUCGAUGAGCUGCAGGCCACCAACUGUGGUCUUGAAACAGUCAAAUUGGAUGGUCGAGUGAUUGCUGUCCAACUGGAGGAUAACUUAAAUCUAAAAGAGUUGAAAAUAUCCCAACCAGAAGAUCUAGAGCAACUCUAUGUGGCCAAUACCAACCUGUCCCGACUUGACUUUCUUUCCAAGGCCUCUAAAUUAGUAGAUCUGGAUGUCACUGGCAUUGAAAAUCUGUUAGAUUUACCUCGAAUCUCCUCUGCCAAGGGAUUAGAACGAUUGAGCUUUACCUACGACAACAUGACCUCGGUUCACAUGGACAUGUUGCCUCAACUAAAGGAUCUCAAUUACUUGGAGAUAAGCCACGAUAAAGUUAGGGAGAUAUAUAUAAAGGAUUUGGAUGAGGAUUUCUUUGUCGAAGAAGCAGAACUUAAUUGUGGACAAUUAGCGGAUCUUUUAGAGUUCGUUGAACUGCCAAAGGACACAACUAUUUUGGAGGAUCGCAUAGUUGGAGAUCCUCGAAGGCCACUGAGAUGUGGAGCAACAUAG